GGCAAAGUGAGACUACAUUAUUAUUUUUUUGUUGUUUUUGUACAUUGAAGAAUCUGAGGCGGGUCUAGGGUUCUUCUUGCUGCAGUGUCUCCAGUCUCCACCAUGAAAUCACGGCGUCAGAACAUUUCUCGGCGCAAUACGCGAUCGAUGACCUUUGUAAAUGGAAGAGGAAACACGUUGCCGAUCUCAAUCGAACUCGUGAUGGAGAUAUUCUCGUGGCUGCCGGCGAAAUCUAUAGCGAGAUGUCGUUGCGUGUCGAAGCUCUGGAACGCCGUACUACGCCGCCCAGAUUUCACGGAGCUGUACUUGACCAGAUCUUAUUCUGACCGCCCGCAGCUCUUGUUCGCCUUCCGCGACGAAAAGGAAAAUGGGUUCGUCUUCUUCUCCUUACAGCAUCCUCAAAACCCUGUUGAGAACUCGUCCUUUGCUGUAGCCACCAGUCGUUUUACCCAUUCCCUCAAAUUAUAUGAUAUCGUUGGUAUUAGUAACGGCUUCGUCCUUCUUAGAGGUAUCAAGAGAAAUCCUCCAGGAGUGUUGUCGUUGCUAUUCAACCCCAGCACCGGACAAUCGUUACUUUUACCGGAAGUGAAACCGGUAGUGAAGCCCGAUUGCUAUAUGAUUGGGCUGACUAAGUUUAUGGGGUAUGAUCCAGUUAAGAAACAGUUCAAGGUAUUGUCCGCUAACAUGUCAGGUGUAUGCGGAGAUUAUGAAAGAUAUGACGAGUUUCAAGUUCUGACACUAGGAAUUGGGAAACCAUCAUGGAGAAUGGUCGAAUGUUGCUUACCCCAUUAUCCCAAAUCUGGAGGGAUAUGCAUCAAUGGUGUUUUCUACUAUCUAGGUGCGGCCGACAGGGGUUUUGAUCAAUCAAUAAUGGUAGUUUGUAUUGAUUUAACUUCUGAGAAGUUCAGCUUUCUGAACUUCAGUGGACCGAUGCAAGGUGCAACUACUCUGAUAAAUUACAAUGGGAAACUAGGUUCCCUUAUGUCUAAAUAUUUUUAUGGGAGAGAUACAAGUUUUGAGUUGUGGGUUCUCGACGACUUGGAAAAAAAGGAAUGGUCCAAGCAUGUUUUUGUAUUAUAUCCUCCUGUUUGGCAGCAUGCAGUUGAGGGGGCCACAUUACGCUUUUUCGGAGUGGUUGGUACAAAUGAAUUUGUGUUUGUGCCGGCAUUUCUGUAUAAGCCUUUCUAUGUUUUCUACUACAAUGUUGAGAAGAACACUGUCGUAAGAGUUGGAGUUAGAGGAAUGAAAGGGUUUUAUGGUGAUAGUGUUGACGACUUUUCAAACCAUGUGGAGAAUGUGGAGCUUAUUCGAGCAUUUUAGGAAUUUAUAACUUGAAGAGGUUGUGUAACAUAGCUCUUUAAAAGUUCUCAUCAUAAAGACCAUGGGAAUCUUACUUGAGUCGUCGUUAUUUCUCCGCAUCUCUUGGGUAAGUUAUCAUUUUGUUUCCUUGUUGGAUAUGUAUGUUAUGUUUCCGGUGAAUCUGUGAUGUUGUGAAACUUAUGUGGAUACUUAAUGAAUCUUAUUAUCUUAUUUAUCACUUUACAUAAUUGCUAGAUCAGCUUUAACGAACCUCCGAUAUUUAGGCCUAAAUUUUAGGCUAAAUGGGGUUUCCCUUAAACAAAAAAGCAUGCACAAUCUUUUUUUCGAAGUGGAGAUUGCAAACUCGGUAUCUCCACCAUGAAAUCACGGCGGCGGCACGUCUCGGAGGAUGGUCUAACCAUUUCCCGACGACGCAAUACACGAUCGAAUACCUCACUUAAUUAGUGAAAGAGAACAUUCAUUUCCGAUCCCAACAGAUCUCAUUAACGAGAGAUAUUCUCGAUGUUGCCGUCGAAAUCUAUAGCUAUACGUCGUUGCGUAUCCAAGUUCUGGGCCACCAUACUUAGACUUCCAGAUUUCACGGAGUUGUUCUUGACCAAAACAUCAGCUCGCCCGCAGCUGUUGUUUGCUUGCGAAACAAACCAAGGGUUGGUCUUCUUCUCCUCACACCAGUCUCCUCAUCAAAGCCAAUCAGCUUGCACAUUUCCCCAACGCAUGUGGACUCAUUGGUCCUAGCAACGGCGUCGUCUGUCUUACUGAAAAACGGAUCUUAAAGGGAAGGAAAAAUCCAGCGUUGGUGUCGGUUAUAUGUAACCCUAGCACCGGAGAAUCUUUAACUUUACCUAGAAUGAAGACGAGGAAGAGGAGUGGGCUGAGAAGCUAUUUUGGGUAUGAUCCGGUUAAGAAACAAUUCAAGGUACUGUAUAUGACUUGGUCAUUUGAUGGGAUCUGUAAGGAGCAUCAGAUUCUGACGUUGGGAACAGGGAAAUUGUCAUGGAGAAUGAUCCAAUGUUGCUCACCACAUGAUCCCAUACAUUAAAAUCAAGGGAUAUGCAUCAAUGGUGUUUACUACUAUAUAGCUCGUGUCAACAUGUUUUCUGAAGAGUAUAUGAUAGUUUGUUUUGAUUUUAGGUCUGAGAAGUUUAUUAUUUUAAAAGUCAUGGA